AUGACCCUGGAACCAGAGCAUGUUUCGAGCAUUCCAAAAACUUUCAAGCUUCUCAAGGUGUUGGAGAUUCAAUCUCUCAUCUUCACUCGUUUCCCUGUCGACCUUUGCAAUCUUGUUCUUUUAAAAUAUAUCUCGAUAUCCACCAACUUUCCAACUCUUCCUUCAUCAUUAUCUGCCUUAUGGAACCUGCAAACUCUGAUAGUAAGUACCACUUGUCGCACUUUGGACAUUAAGGCAGACCUAUGGAAAAUGCCACAUUUCAGACAUUUGCAUACCAAAGUAGCCACCACUCUGACACUGUGCACCAUUUCAACUGAAAGUUGCAAAAAAGAAAUUUUCGAUCAAACUCCCAACCUUAGGAAAUUGGGAAUAUGUGGGAGGUUAACCAACCUCUUUGAAGUAAAUGGUGAAUCUAGUUUACUCCCACAACUUUACGAACUAGAAUCGUUGACACUACUGAAUGAUGGCAAAAGCUGCAAGCUCCCUAGGCUUCCUUCAAAGAGCAGCUUUCCUCCAUGGCUAAGGAAGCUCACCCUGGUGAACACGUUAUUGGAUUGGAAAGAGAUGCAUAGGUUAGGGGAGCUAAAAAGACUUGAAGUUCUCAAGUUAAAAGAUGAUGCAUUUCAAGGGAAAUUGUGGCAGACUGAAAAAGGAGGUUUUUACAGUCUCAAACAUUUGUACAUUGGUCAGUGUGAUUUGGUGGUUUGGGAAGCUUCAGCAGAUGAUUUCCCCGUAUUAAAGAGUCUCCAUUUAAAUGGCUGUGAUAAGCUUCAGGCUAUUCCACAUGGUUUGGCGGACAUAUCAACUCUUGAAUUGGUGGUUCUUCACUGCACCAAUCCUCAAGUGGCUUCCUCUGCCAGGAAACUUCAGAUUCUAAGGCUUGAACAAGGCAAAAAAGGCAAUAAAAGCCCCAACUCCUUCAAAGUCUCUAUUUAUCCUCCAGAGCAUUAAUCUUUCCAGCACCCAGAACCGGUGCACUUCUCUAACAGAAGAAAGAGAAGCACCAAGAUGACUUGCGAAGAAGACGAAGAGCACGUCCCCGUGAAAGUUAGUACCGUUGGUUCUGCUGAUGUGCAUGUUUUAUUCCCCUGGUUGAAGUAAUAAUUUUGAGGCUGACUAAUCAUGUGUUCCAUCCUCCUACCUGCUAUUUUGAUGAACAAUUCUGCAUUUUCAUUUCUCUCUUAUGGUGAGACGAUAAAUGUUGGCUUUUGUUGUAUAUGUCAUUUUGCAUUUUCAGUUUUCUCGACGUCCGCUGGACACAUCCAGCUGGUGGUACUUUUCUAUCCAUAUACAUACAGUUUGAUGUGAUUCAAAUAAUUCUCAAAGAAUUCAAGACUUUCAGAAGAUCAGUGUUGGGAAUCCUUCAAUUUUCAGCUUUAAGUAAUUAAGUUGUUUGGUCACUAUGUUGUUUUUUUGCUUA